AACAAAAAGUUUAAAAGAAAUCCUGUCAAGAGACUCGAAUCACGUUUUAAGUCGCAUCUGUCGUCUAAUUCCCCAAGUCCAAAAAAUCGCGUCCUAAGAAAUAUGGAGCAUUUGUCAAGCGCCAGAGGGUCGAGAUGAUAUCAGAAAUUCUGGAAGAGGAAAAGAAGAAACCUUACGAAUACACCCCCAGUGAUUUUGUGGUUUCACCUUUGGUGUUGGUUGAGACAGAAGAUGCUGUUACGGAACCAAUACAAAACAAACAGGAUAAGAACAAGACACCAUUUGUUGACAAGUCAACUCAGCUGACAACCAUUGCAGAUGAAAUGUGUGUUAGAAAAAGUUAUGCAACACAAACACCUAUCACAUGGCAUUUUCGUGGGACACAGACAAACCCCAGAAUAUGGUCACGUGGCACUCAAACAGAAACACAUGAUACCACUCUGUCAAUCAUGGUUGAUCAGCAAACACAGACAGAUAACCAUCAAACAAAUCAGACGUCUAUAACACCUGUUGAUGAGAUGGAUGAUGAAUCUGAUGAGGCACCAGCAGGGCAAUCCACAAUGGAAGAUGAGGACUGGAUAGGCACCACUGAAGAGUCUGAUACUGAAGAUUCAGAAAGUUCUGAAUCUGAAGCUAAUUUACAAGAACCAAAGACAUACCUGGUUUUCGAAUCUUGCAUCAUGUCACUUUUUGCAAUUUGCAACAUUUGUCUUGCCCCAUGCACAAAUAUAAGAAAAACUCUUUGUGGGUCAAUGUUGCGUAUAGAGGCUGAAUGCAUUGAAGGGCACAAAAAGGUCUGGUAUUCCCAGCCAAUGCACAAGAAAAUGCCAUGGGGGAACUUACGAAUAGCUGCUGCCUGUUUAUUUUCUGGCAGCCAGCCUUCAAAAGUUAUUUCUUUCCUCAAACAUUUGAAUAUGGCAGGAAUAUCAAAAACAGUAUACAAUGCUAUUCAGAGUGCAUAUCUCAUACCAUCUGUCUUUGCUGUUUGGGAAGAGUCUCAAAAGAAACUUUUUCAAAAAUUACAAGGAAAGCAAUUAGUUCUUGGUGGUGAUGCACGUAUGGAUUCCCCAGGCUAUUCUGCAAAAUAUGGGUCUUAUUCCUUAAUGGAUCUGGAAAGUAAUAAAAUUAUAGAUACACAGCUGAUUCAGAGUAAUGAGGUUGGAGGAGCAGGCUUCAUGGAAUUAGAAGGUCUUAAGCGGGCUCUGGGCAAGAUAGAGGGAGAAAAGAUUGAGUACAGAGCACUUGUAACAGAUCGUCAUGGCCCUGUUAGAAAGUAUAUGAGACUGCAGAAGAAGGACAAACAACACUACUUUGAUGUUUUCCAUGUUGCAAAAUCAAUUGGGAAAAAAGUUGAAAAAAUUGGCAAAAAGAAAGGCAAUGGUGCAAUACUUGAUUGGGUAAAAAGCAUUAAAAAUCAUGUUUAUUGGUGUGCAGCAUCAUCUAUGGGUAGCACCAUUGAAAUGAAAGAAAAAUGGCUGUCACUUCUUAACCAUGUUGUCAAUGUUCAUGAAGGUCAUGGGAGUUCUUACAAGAAAUGUCCUCAUGGCAAACUUGUGCGCAACUGGUUAAAAAAGAGUCAGAAAGGAUACAAAGAAUUGAAGCAUGUCCUCACAACAAAACGACUUAUAAAUGAUGUUGCUAAACUUUCGCCAUUAGAGCAAACCAGUGCAUUGGAAUCCUUCCACAAUGUCAUCAUACGCUUUGCCCCCAAAAACACUCAUUUCUUCUACCCAUGUAUGAAAGCAAGGAUUUUUUUAGCUGUUCUCCAUUUUAAUGAGAACUCAGAAAGAAGCCAGGCAUUAAAUAAGACCUCUGGAGAAAGGCAGUGGAGAGUUACUUUUCGAAAGUUCAAGGAUGGAGAAGGUACUGUUCAGCAAGUUAAGGAAGGAGUUUCUUAUGAAUACGUAACUGCAUUGAUAAAGAAGGCAGUUGAGUUGAGAAGAAAACAGCCAAACAUGCUACAUGCUGCAAAAGAAGCUUCUUCGUCUUGUGAUACUCCAGCCUUUCUUUCGGAUAAGCACAAAAAGAUGUCAAAGGCAGAGGCAAUUGAAAGGCAUCACACAAGUUUUGCAAAAUUAUAA